AUGGCAAAUCUCUCGCUGACAUGUUGGUUCCAUCCGGGAAUGAAGCUGCCGGCCUGCCUGGCUUCGGUCAAUAUGAAGGACUAUCCGUUCACAAUAGUCAGUGAGGUUCUUGUCAUGGAGUUGAUGGAGAAGGUGGAGGCCUUUGUGGAAGAGGUCUGUGAGAAGUCGGACGAACCCGUCCAGUUCCAGAUUCAGGUGCUUUGGAACACGAAGGACAACAAGAAGGCCCUAAAUCCUGGAGACAAAGUGGGAACACAUUUCGUGGAUGGGGACACCUUCGGCAUUCAUGGAGAUAUAGUCGCGGCACCAAAGAGUUUCCCAAAGAUACCAGACGCGAAGAAACUGCCGGUCACCAUUCUUACCGGCUUCCUGGGAGCCGGCAAGACAACCCUCCUGAACUACCUCUUGCAGGAGCAGCGAGAGAAGAAGAUUGCGGUGAUCGAAAAUGAGUUCGGAGAAAUAUCCAUCGACGACGCACUGUUGAAGAAGGAUAAGCUUGCAUUCGCUGAGAAGGUUGUAGUUAUGGACAAUGGUUGCGUGUGCUGCACCAUUCGUGGUGAUCUCAUCGAUGGAUUCAGGCAGAUUCUCGACGAACUUGAGAAGGGCCACCAUCUUGACCAGAUUGUGCUCGAGACCACAGGCAUGGCUGAUCCAGUUCCGAUAGUUCGAACGUUCAUGACUUCAGAGGAAAUCAACUCUCGCUUGCGACUGGAUGGAGUCAUCACAGUUGCAGAUGCGAAGAAUAUCUUGAAAAGACUAGACGACGAGGUUGAGGAGGGUCGCGUCAACGAAGCCUACCAGCAGGUGGCUUUCUGCGACAAGAUUCUUUUGAACAAGCUCGACCUUGUGUCCUCAGAAGAGGCCAUCAGCACGAAGGAGAGAUUACGCGAAAUCAACGCCUUCGCCAAAAUAGUGCCCUCCGUCAAGGGCAGGGUCAAGCUUUCCGAGCUGACCAACUUGCGAGCGCAUGAUAUGUCAAACUUCAUUAAUGCCGAUAUCGAGAAAGAGGCAGAGGAACUGGAGGCCAAAGAAAACGAAGGCCAUGGCGAUGGACACGAUGCACACGGGCAUUCUGGACACGAUGGACACGGUGGCCAUGAGUCACACGGUGGAGGCCACGGCCAUGAUGCCGACUGCACCGAGGAGCACGGCCACGGCGACGGCCACGGCCAUAAUGGGCAUUCCGGUGGCCACGGGCAUUCCGACGGCCACGGCAGCGACGGUCACGGCAACGGGCACUCAGAUGAGCACGGGCAUAACACCAAGAAGCGCAAGACCAAGCACAACAGGCACGACAGCCGAGUCAACUCGUUCGCCGUUGUACGGGAAGGAGAAGUUCUGCCUGAAAAGCUGGGUAAGUUGAUGGAGAAUCUCGGGCAGCUGCCGAAGGAACAAGGUGUGAUCUUUCGGAUAAAAGGCAUCCUCGCGGUCAAGAACCACCCAUACAAGCAUGUCUUUCAUGCGGUGAUGGACGUCAGCGACGAGGAUGAUGCAGAGCCAUGGGCCCCUGGAGAGAAGCGAAUAACCAAAAUGGUGUUCAUCGGAAAGGAUUUGGACAAGGCGUUCAUCCGGCAAACUUUCGAGGCGUGCUUCGAGAAGUGA